UUACUGGAAUGUGAUCUGUUGAGUGCACAAGCCCACUAGAAGAAUCUAGAGUCAGAACCUGGAAUUAUCCAGAGAAAGUGCUUAGGCUUAGGUGGUGCUUUCUUAUUUCCUUUGGAAUGUUGAAACCAUACACUUCACAAAACGGCGUCGAAUGUCUGAUGGUUACAAAAAAGCCACAACUACCAGAAAGAACCUGAUAUCUUCUGGAGUACCGGUUAAAUUUGUUUGUGUGCAAGAAAAUGGCAGCAACUUCGUUGAAGAGGGUGACUUGUCCACCGAACUCGGCCUCUCUGGAUGAAGCAAGGAAGCAAGUGUUGGAUUUCUUCAAGCUGGCUUGCCGAUCUAUACCUACCAUAAUGGACGUCUACAACCUCCACGACGUUGUUACGCCCUCCCAGCUCCGAGCCACUGUAGCCUCCCAAAUUCGCAAGAACUCCAACCUCACCAAUCCCAAGGUGAUUGAUUUGCUGGUUUUUAAGGGGAUGGAAGAGCUGAGUAACCUGGUGUCGCAUAUAAAGCAGCGGCACCACGUUAUGGGUCAGUAUGUAGUGGGUCGUCAAGGCUUGGUGCAUGAUCUGGACCCUAAGGAUGAGGGCAUAUCUGAUUUUCUCAAAAAUUUCUAUCAGAGCAAUUACUUCUAGAGCUUAAUUACUUACUUAUUUGUGGAGUUGCAUCACAAAGGGGUUUCUUCAUCACACACACAUGUAUAGAAAUAUUUCUAUACGGAUGUAAAAUGCGGGAUAUUCGUGUAUAUAUACGUGUA